CCCAUCUGAGUAAUACAGCAACUUACUCUUUACAAAGUGCUUUCACAUUCUCAUCCCUUUCAACACUACAACAGGAAGAGACAGUGACAUCUACACGAGAACAGAACAGAAACUCUUGGAAGAAAGGAGUAUGACUCAAGGAGGGAAAUUCCUGUUGCCAUAAAAGGAUGGUAGUGUAUAAAUGCUCUGUAUAUAUCAAUUAAGAAUCUCCUUUCAUGUUCAGCAUUUCUACUCUCUCCAAGAACAGCAUCAAAGCUGAAAGAGAAGUAGCAGCAGGAACAAUAAACAAACAUGCAUGUGAAGGGCAUGGCUAUAGUCUCGGCUGUGAUAUUCUGUGCUGCAAUUGUUCAAGGUUUCCCCAUGUUCAAAAGGGGACGCUGUCUUUGUGUAGGCCCAGGAGUAAAAGUAGUGAAAGUGGCAGAUAUCGAGAAAGCGUCCAUAAUUCGCCCAAGUAACAACUGUGACAAAACAGAAGUGAUUAUAACCCUGAAAGCACAAAAAGGACACCGAUGCCUAAAUCCCAAAUCGAAGCAAGCUAGCCUUAUAAUCAAGAAAGCUGAAAGAAUUUUUUUAAACAUCAAAAUGUAUAAAGUCCUGGAAAAGAGGAUUUAAAAAUCUUGAACAAGUUUAACUAUGACUACUGAAACAAGAAUUCUGUCAUAAGAAACUGACUUUCUCCUGCCUGUUCCAACACAUAUUCAUCCAUUUCUAGGUCUAACCUAGAACCUUCAAUAAAAUGUGAUGCUUAUAACUAUUUUGCUGUGACUAUGAAAACAUUUCUGUAUUUGAUCUAUAUUCCAUAUUACUAUCUGUGGUUACCAUGGAGACAUUAACAUUAUUACUGGAGUAAAGCCGAGUCAAAACCAUCCAUGUGUUCUAAAACAUUCCUCAAAUAAUUUUUGCUGCAAAUACACAUUUAUUUCCUCAAAUAUAAUGUAGCACAUAA